CUAAAUCUCCCAUCCCACGCACCACCUACCGCGCACUGCACGGCUCCGGUCUUCGCUGCAGGCCGCUCAGCCAUGGCAUCUGGCGACGCGGCGGCGGUGCGCGUGGUCGGCGGGUGGGCGAGCCCGUUCGUGAUGCGGGUGUGCGUCGCGCUCCGGCUCAAGGGCGUGGCGUACGAGUUCCUGCAGGAGGAGCCCGGCAAGAAGAGCGCGCUGCUCCUCGCGUCCAACCCCGUGCACAAGCAGAUCCCCGUGCUCCUCCACGGCGGGCGGCCGGUCUGCGAGUCGCUCGUCAUCUUGCAGUACGUCGACGAGGCCUUCUCCGGCGCCGCCACCCCGCGGAUCCUCCCCGCCGACCCCUACGACCGCGCCGUCCACCGCUUCUGGGCCGACUACGCCGACGCCAAGCUCCCGACGGCGCUCCGGACGCUGAGGGGCAUGAUUGACGGCGACAAGGCCGAGGCGGCGGAGCAGGUGGCCGCGGCGCUCGCCCAGCUCGAGGAGGCCUUCACGGCGUGCAGCAAGGGGCAGCGUUUCUUCGCCGGCGACGACAUCGGAUUCUUGGACAUCGUCCUCGGGUCCUACGUCGGCUGGUUCCGGGCAGCGGAGCGGAUCACCGCGCAGGCGGUCCUCGACGAGACGAGGACGCCGCGGCUCGCGGCGUGGGCGGCGCGGUUCUGCGGGCACGAGGCCAUCAGGGACGUGAUGCCUGACGCCGGAAGGCUCGUUGAGUUCGGCGAGGCGCUCCGCGCGGCGCUGGCCGCCAACGCCAACGCUCAACGGAUGUAGUAAGGGGAACGUACUGCUGUUCCAGCCGUGCUAGGCUUUGAUUUGUCAUGCGAAUCGAAAUUCAAGAGUAAAUUUCAUCAGCGGUCUCUAAACUUGUUGGAUGUGUCAUCCCGGUCCUUAAACUCGCAAAAUGACUGUUUAGAUAUCUAAACUUAUUCGGUUAUGUCAUCCUGGUCCCUAAACUUAAAAAUCUCUCA